AGUCUGUUAAAGAUGUGAAGUAGGAGAGGGACAGAUGUGGUUAUUGGGCUAUUAAGGUACAACUCUGAACCACACUGCAAGGUUCUGGAGCACUUCAUAAAAAUCUUUAGAAGAACAUAAGCUGGAAUACGACACCCCAAGAAAAAAAUGUGUCCUCGACUCAGUUCUCUUCUUUUGCUUUGCAUGCUGCCGUCUGUGGUGCCUCUCUUCUGUUACACUUGUGUGUUCCCUGCCAUCUCCCCCCUGGACUGCAUCAGAUACCCCACCAGAUGCCCCCCAGGCCAGCGCUGCCUCUCCAGCAAGGCCACUGGACAGAGAGGUGAAUUUCAGGUGGUCCUGUAUGAAAAGAGUUGUGUGCUCCCGUCUUUGUGUGGGAUCACUGGAGAGAAGUUUGCGAUGGGUUUAAACUUCACCUUCACCAAUGAGUGCUGUGAUACUCACCUGUGCAACGGAGCCAUAACCAGUGUGAGAGGCUUUUACACAGGCAUCCUGCUCUCUCUCACUCUCUCACUUCUUUUUUUACAGUGACCCUUGGUGAGAAACAGCGUUUAAUGAUAUUAACUAUCCUCUGACCACAUUAAAAAUACAUAUUAAAAUAAACUUUCGCAAUGCAAAGGAACACUUAUUAUUUCUGAGAUUUUCCUUGCAAAUCUGUACUUGGGUAAACUAACCACUAUUGGAAAAAUAAAUUAUUGCUUUUUUGUUUGUUUGUAUAUCUUUUUUGUGGUAUUAAUUUUAGUGGUGACUGAAAUA